AUGUUGAGAGUAACAUCGCCAUUCAGACAUAUUAUCAGCACCAAGCAAAGCGUUGCUUCGUUGAGGUCGAUUUCCGGAGGAGAAUCGGUCAACGGGGGCAGACGGUUUUUGAGAACCAUUCCAAUAUCGAACUCUGGCAACAAAUCAAAUGAAUUCACUGGAUUGAAUUACCUGAUUGAUCCAGUACAAGGCCGUGGUAGUUCAUCUGCAAGCGCCAGCAAGAGUUUCGGUUCGAAAUGGGCAGCACAUUCGUUGUCAGCACCACAGCAAAUAAGUACCCAACAGCAAAAGCAACAGCAGCAACAACAGCAACAGGCAUCCACAAUUAUAGAAAUUUCCCAACCACAGCAUAAGAGAAGGUCGAGAGCCAGUAGGUUCAAGGACAGAGCUUCUCCUCAAACUCAAUCACAGACUAGUUCGACGGCGCCAGUGGCCACUGCACCUGCUUCCGAGUCGGUGCUUACCAAGGCCAGUGCCUCAACUGAAGCCAAUAAGGCUGCUCCAGUAACACCAGAAGUCACAACAGCUACUGCACUGGCCCCAAUACAAGCGGCAGCACCAGCGCCAGCUAAGAAGAAGAGAACGCUCAGACCAAGAAAGGCCCUUAUUACACUCACACCAUCCGCUGUGCACCAUCUUCAGGCGCUCAUUGACCAACCUGAACCCAAACUUAUAAGAAUUGGUGUUAAGAACAGAGGGUGUUCCGGACUUACAUACCAUCUCGAGUAUGUGACAGAGGGAGGAAAGUUUGACGAGCUUGUAGAACAAGACGGAGUCAAGGUUCUUAUUGAUUCCAAAGCACUUUUCUCAAUUGUUGGAUCUCAAAUGGACUGGUUGGAUGACAAACUUUCAUCUAGAUUUAUCUUUAGAAAUCCAAACUCCAAGGGAACCUGUGGCUGUGGAGAGUCCUUCAUGGUAUAA